CCAUGGGGAGGAUAAUUCGUCUCUCCAACAAGGAAACUGCAAACCUGUUUUAAAUGAGAUGACGUCGGGCAUCCAGUGUUUACUCCCAACCUUGAGUUUGGUUUCACUUUUACUAUGCCUCCGAACCCAUUUUGUGUUCAGUCACCCACCGGUCACAACCCGUCCUCCUGACGCAGCUCAACCAUGGAAUCUGCAUGGGAUUCCUGGUGAUGGUUAUUACACUGAAGUGGAAAUUGGGACUCCACCACAGAAGUUCAAUCUUUUGGUGGACACUGGUAGCAGUAAUCUGGCAAUAGCAGGGGCUCCCCAUGAAGAACUCGAGAGUUACUACGUCCAUCAGAGCUCCUCAUCAUAUGUUGACCUCGGCAAGGAUGUCAAAGUGGUGUACACCCAGGGUAGCUGGCAAGGGCACUUAGGACGUGAUCUGGUCUGGUUUCCAAAGCUUCCGAACACAGAGCCACUGGUCACCGAUCUGGCUCUCAUUACUUCCUCGGACAACUUUUAUGUUAAUAAUUCCCAUUGGCAGGGUAUCAUAGGCCUGGCAUUUGCGGCCCUAGCCCAGCCGAAAGGUGAUGUUGUUCCAUGGUUUGACGGCCUCACUGCCAAAAACCACACAGCUAACACUUUCACUGUCCAGUUGUGUGGGCCCUUCAGACAAGGCAAUGUCACUCGCCACCAAGGAAAGCUUUACAUUGGAUCUGAUGCCGGUGAUUGUCCUGCACCAUCAGUCACAAGCCCAAUAAGAAGGCCAUGGUUUUAUGAGGUCCUUGUCGUUGCCAUGGCCAUAGGCAAGAAAGUCUUAGACAUACCAUGUGUCCAGUACAACACUGCCAGCAGCAUUGUUGACUCUGGCACAUCCAACCUUCGAUUACCCUCAGAGGUUUUCAAAGCUGUGCUCUCGGAGUUACGCAGACAGACGUCGGCAACAGAGCCCCCCCUGCCGGAAGAUUUUUGGUCUGGAAGUGAGGAGAUCUGCUGGCAGCCAGAUCACCAGGUAUGGGAUGCAUUUCCAAACAUAACAGUCCAUCUGGCCCACAGUAACAGCUCAGCUUUCACCAUCACCAUACCACCAUUGUCGUACCUCAGGCCAGCUCUAGACGUUUCUGAGACGGGAGAUUGCUGGGUGCUGGGGAUCGAGGAGUCACACACGGGCACAGUGCUAGGCGCUGUUAUCUUAGAAGGACUCUGUGUAACAUUUGACCGUGCUCAUGCCAUAGUUGGAUUUGCUGAAUCAUCAUGUGGACCAGAUGUGAAACUGAGCAGCAUUUACAAUGGAUCAGACUGGCAUUCAUGCGUUUACAUCCCAAGUACGGUGGAUGGGCUGACACUCGCCUCCUACAUCAUGCUGGGACUGUUGGCACUCCUCUCAGUGCCACUGGUGCUCGCUGCUCUACGCUGGGCCUGGAGGUCAUUUGUAGUGCCAAGGCUCAACCCAGAAGUGCCAUUCCUGACCCUGGACGAGACCAACACCUGAGACACCUGGGCAUUAGGGGUUUGGCAUUGUAUUUCUUGAUGUUUUGGUGUUCAGUCACAGGUGUUCAGAGCUGGAAGCCAGGUGUCUGCGUGUGCAUGUUUGGAAAGUCGUGAGUUUUCCACCGUAGUAAAUUUUGAAAGGGGUAGGCGAAGAAAGUGGUUUUCUGUCAUUUGUUUUUGAGGGGAUUUUGUUGUCUUGC